AUGUCUAGUAUCCCAGGCCCCAACAGCCAUCCCGCCGUGGUAAUCACCCAAGUCCGCAGCCCUCUCUCAACCCUCUACUACCCCAACCUCACCCCAAAAGCAGGCGAAAUCCGCAUCCGCGUAGAAUGGACGGCCUCCUCCCCCCUAGAACUCCACCAAGCCGACGGCGGGCUGCUCAUCCAACCCCCACACAUCAUUGGUAGUUCCGCAGCCGGCACGGUGAUGGAAGUUGGCCCCUCCUCUUCACCUACCAACAGCAACAGCAGUAACAACAGGUUCGAAGUAGGCGACAAAGUGUUCGGCUACAGCUUCAAAACAACCCCCGAGCGCUGUGGUCAAGUCUACAUCACCGCCGCGUCGCACCAAUAUGGCAAAGUCCCCGCGGGGAUGAGUCUCGCAGCCGUGGCGACGGUGCCCGCAAAUCUAGUUACCGUUUUCCGGGCCGCGCACGCGGAUCUGGGCCUGGACCUGCCGUGGCCAAAGCCGAAAGGGUGGGAGCCGGCGCAGAAGGACGACCCGAUUCUCAUUUGGGGCGCGGCGGGGAGCGUGGGGAUGUAUGCCAUUCAGGUGUUUCGGCAUUGGGGGUAUGAGAACUUGAUUGCGGUUGCGUCUUCGAAACACCACGAGGUGUUGAGGGGAAUGGGAGCGAAGGUGGCGUAUGAUUAUAAUGAACACGGUGUUGUGGGGCGGGUGUCAGAAUAUGCGAGCAGGACGAAUGGGAAGAGCGAUGGACCAAAGGUGCCUUACAUUUUCGAUUGUAUAGGGUCUUUGGAGGGGACGCUGAGGCCGCUCGCGGAGAUUGCUGAGAAGGGGACCAAAGCCGCAAUUUUGUUACCGGUCAUUGUGAAGGAUGCGACGGCUACGGACGUGCCUGAGUACGAGUUGGAUGUUACAAAGACACUGCCGGGGAAGUGGGCGGAAGGGGUGGAACUGAAUGGCGUGAGGGCGCAUUUUUGGGAAGAGACAUCCGGCCUCAAGGACCGCUUCAUGGGCGAAAUCAUGCCGACUCUGCUUGAGGAAGGUAUUGUCCAGGCGAAUAAACAAAGGAUCGUGGAAGGAGAGACUAUGCUGGAGCGGGCACAGACGGCGUUGGAUCUUCUGAGGGAAAAGGCACCGAGUGGCGAGAGACUCGUCUGGCGGGUUGCCGACGAUGAGUGGUUAUGA